AUGAAGCUCGCUGGUGCUCUCUUGCUGCUAGGGGCUGCCCUGCUCCUGACUUCAGGGGGAGAUUGUGGCCUUUGCCCAGCUUUAGAUAAAAAAGUUGAUAUAUUUUUCGAGGGGACUCCAGAAGAGUAUGUUGAGUACCUGGGACAAUUCAAUGAUUACCCUAAUGUACUGGAAAAUGCUGCAAAUAUCAAGAAAUGUGUCGAUAGGACAUUGACAGAGGAAGACAAGGAUCAGGCAAUCAGUCUUAUCGAAAAAAUAAAAGCCAGCCCGACAUGUUGA